UUUUUUUCUCCCCCCCCUCCCCCGAUGAAACCUCUCCUGGCUUUGCACUUGGGAUGAAAAAAGACCCGAGGAAAAGGAUGAAGUGUUAAAAAAUAACCAAAAAAAAAAAAAAUUCAGACUAAUACCAACCCCCACCCCCCCAAAACCAACCACCACCGAGCAAAAAAAAAAACAAAACAAACAAAAGCAAGCAACCAACAGCAACAACCUUCUUUGCAGCAACAGCUGCGAGAGACUCCAACCUUGCUGCAAAAAGGCGACUAGAAAGAGGCGCUCGGGGCUGAUGCAUCAUCAGUCUCCGAGACUCUGCGAAGGAGAAGCGGGAGCGAGAAGCGGCGGUGCAAUUUGGAGCGCGGCUUUGCAAGGGGCUGGUGGAGAGAGGCGCGAGCGAGAGAGAGAGAGAGGAGGAAAAAUAGCCCUCGCAAAUCAUCAAGCUGGCUCACCCGGCGGCAACUCCGAGCAGCCCCCUCGCUCCUGGCGUGCACCCUUUCUGGAGGACUGUCAGCAGCAAAAGGAUGGCAUCAGAACUGGCAAUGAGCAACUCCGACCUGCCCACCAGUCCCCUGGCCAUGGAAUAUGUUAAUGACUUCGAUCUGAUGAAGUUUGAAGUGAAAAAGGAGCCGGUGGAGACCGAUCGCAUUAUCAGCCAGUGCGGCCGCUUGAUCGCUGGGGGAUCCCUCUCUUCCACCCCGAUGAGCACGCCCUGCAGCUCGGUGCCCCCUUCCCCGAGCUUCUCGGCGCCCAGCCCGGGCUCUGGCACGGACCAGAAGACCCACCUGGAAGAUUAUUACUGGAUGACCGGCUACCCGCAGCAGCUCAACCCAGAGGCGUUGGGAUUCAGCCCCGAGGACGCGGUGGAAGCGCUGAUCAACAGCACCCACCACCCGCUCCAGAGCAGCUUCGAUGGCUAUGCUAGAGGGCAGCAGCUGGCCGCCGGCUCCGGGGGCUCCAUGCCCGGCGAAGAGAUCGGCUCCGCCGCCGCCGUGGUGUCCGCGGUGAUCGCGGCGGCCGCGGCGCAGAACGGGGCCCCCCACUACCACCACCACCACCACCCGGGCGGGCACCACCACCACCCGCCGCCGGGCAGCGGGCAGUCCAGCAGCAGCAGCAGCAGCAGUAGCAGCAGCAGCAGCAGCAGCAGCACCGGGGGCGGCGGCGGCGGCGGCGGCGGCGGGGGUCUGCACCACCAGCACCACAGCAGCAGCCUGCAUUUCGACGACCGCUUCUCGGAUGAGCAGCUGGUGACCAUGUCCGUGCGGGAGCUGAACAGGCAGCUCCGGGGGGUGAGCAAGGAAGAGGUCAUCCGGCUGAAACAGAAGAGGAGGACCCUCAAAAACAGGGGCUAUGCCCAGUCCUGUCGCUUCAAGAGGGUCCAGCAGAGGCACGUCCUGGAGUCCGAGAAGAACCAGCUGCUGCAGCAAGUCGAGCACCUCAAGCAAGAGAUCUCCAGGCUGGUCCGGGAGAGGGACGCCUACAAGGAAAAAUACGAGAAGCUGGUCAGCAAUGGCUUCAGAGAAAACGGAUCCAGCAGCGACAACCCUUCCUCUCCAGAGUUUUUCAUGUACCCGAGAGAAUCUUCUACAUCGGUGAUGUGAAAACCCCUGUUGCCUGAGGUCAAAAAAGGGCCUGACGCACCUCUUGCUGAAUUCAAAGGGGAAGCUUCCUUCAACUUCAGUUUGAGCGGGCCCUUAAUAUAUACAUACCGGUGGCAUGUAUAUGCACCGUAUGAAUGCUGUUAACGUUGGACCUGAUCCUGCCAUAGGACAGGUGUUGUCCAUUGGAAGGGGCUCAGUGCUAGGCAGAAUGGAAACAUUUUGUCUAAUGAAGCCUGCAGAUGGCAUAUGCAAAAAUAAUGUAGGAUUCGGCUCCUUUGCAGGGUCGAGUGUCUUCCCCACACUGGGAAGGAGGGUGUUUGUAAAGUAGCCAAGGGUAUAUAUAGCAGCAGCAAACAGCUGAGGUGUUCCAGAUGUGUGCAGAGGCUUUUAUUUAAAGGGCACCAUCUCGCCCAUCGGUUGCUCAGGACUGCCAGUGAGCUCCAGCUGAGCGGAGAAGCAGUGCCCUUUGAAAUCAAAGCCUCAACAAAUGCACGAGUGGCUCAUGCUUAAUUCAGCAACCAGCCGGGCAUUAUGCAGGGUGCAAAGCACCUGGAUAGACCAGGUCUGGGUCCUACUGUCCCGCCGUGCUGGUGGGGCAAUGCCGAGGUUGUCCAGUUUAUCCAGAGGAGACAAGUGGUGCCUGUAAAACAUGUUCGCACUUUUUGAGAGUCUCUCAUUGCAUUUAUCGGGUGCCUCAACGCACCCCUGCGAAGCAGAGAAAGAACGCAUGGACAAAGACUAUUUCACCCACCAGUGGAAAGAAGCAGCAGUGUAACAGCCGAGCCUGGCAUCAUCCAGAGCUCGGGGCACCAUAGGAAGUGCAUAAUACACCGGUAUCUUGUUGAGGUUGCAGGGGGUGGAAUUCAAGCUAGGCAGAGUUUAAUUACCACAGCUCAAAUCUGGUCAAAACAUCUAGCUUGGCAGCCUUCCCCUUAUUAAAUUUCCCGUGGAAGCUGUAGCUUCCUCUGCUGCUCUUUCUGUUCAAAAGAUGACUCAUCUGGCACCGUUCUUCCUAAUGCCACGCUGGCAUUUUAGCUUAGUGCUCCCUCAGUGGAUGAACACUCACUAUAGACUGGCUAUGGAAGAUAUCUUCCUUCAUGCAGCACCCCUUGCAGAAGUCUCAUUUGGGUACUAAUUUGGUUCACUUGACUCUGGUAAGCCUUGCAGUGUCACACACACAAGUCGGGACCAACCACAAUUCAGGAGGAAAGCUUUGCUUCGGUAGCAGUUGGCUGCCAUUAGCAGUGUGACAUUGGUAGCAGUCUCACCGUUACGCUAGAGGGUUUCGGGUCCCACUGCUCUAAGGGGAUUUGGGAUUAUACUGCUGCUCACACCACAAUGCAGCACGAAGGAGGAGGAUUCGGUGCGAGAGCUGCUGCCAUGUGGAGGAGUUGUUAAAGCGGCGUCUGUUCAGGUGGAUGCUAAAGUUCCCAUUGCAUUUUAGGAUAACAGUCCCCUCAAACAUAUGCUAGGGUCUAAAAUUGUCCCUAACUUCAAUGCAGGAUUCAGCUCACAGAGUCCACUCUGUUCCACAGUAUAUGCCGUUGUUUCCCUAAACAGGCACGUUGGUGCCUGUGACCUUAUUCAUUAAGGAAAAACUCCUUCCCUUAUAUCAAUGUCCUAGCUCUGAUUUCUUUAAAGCAAAAGGAGUUGUAUUACGGUAGCUCCCUUCUACUGGUAUUUUCUAGCCUGAUACGUAAUUUUAAAAUAAAAAAAUGUGGAGCCCAGAACUGAGGUUUUACUUAGUGUGUGUGAAUACCUUAUAUAAAUUCCCUUGAAUUUCCUUAAAGCAUCACUGUAUGCAGUUUAUUAUAAAACUGUACUUACUGUAUUUUAUGUCCACUAUAAUUGGUUGUUUCAUCAGAUUCAGACUAUAUUCAUGUAUAAUAGGGACUAGCUCCGGACAGAAAAGAUGAAUUGUUAAUCAAGAAAGUUUGGGAAUUAAGAUUUUAAACAUACAGUACUAGAUAUAUGUGCGAUAUUUAGAAGUACAUCUAAAAGGACUUCUGCAAUGUGCUUUAAUCAAAUCUUGAAAAGCAAUUGCCCAAUAAAUCAAAUCUUGAAAAGAAAUUGACCAAUAAAUCAAAUCUGGAAGUGAAAGUGACGGAUAAAUCAACUCUAAAAAAGAAAACAACUAAUAUAUCAAAUUCAUGAUGUGUUUAUUAAAGUAAAGAAUUGCUUUAUAUAUGACUGAUUCUGUGUACAGCCAUCAUGUUAAUUAAGUACUCGUGAUUCUUCAGUAACAGAUAAUGUGCUUAGACAUGCACACAUCUAUAUAUCAGGUAAACAUACAUCUAUCUUUGUUUUGUUUUACACAUUCAAACACAGUAUGUAAUAUUUACUUGCCUCUAUUGUUAUGCCUCUGUGCAGAAUGUCACCAUUUCAAUAUCUGUACAUUUCCAGAAUAGAAGAGCUGCUGAUUCCAACUGUUAAAAUGUCAAUUUUUGUUGAUGUUGGGAAAGUCAUAUCUUAAGCAUGAUGAGCCAUGUCUCAUUCUGAAAGCUUCCCGCUUUUAGUUUCUGAUUCUAACUGUGUACCAGCAACAGCACGAACUUCUUUGGCUAAUUCCUAGAAUUUUGAUAGACAGCUUUGGUCCAAAGCAUAUUUUCAAGAUCAAGACUAUAAAAAUCUCACUAUGGAAAAAUCAUCAUUUGCCUCACUGACUUUGAUUUACAUCUAUGUUACAGAGCCAUGAAAUUUAAAAUAAGAUGACCUAAAUUGUCCUAUAAUAAUGUGGGCAUGGAUGUGUAGUCCUGGUGGCAUAGCUUCCCUGUCACUGUACCAAAUGAAAUCUAGUUUUUAGUGCCAAUCAGUUCGGCAUCGUUAACCCUUUGAGAAUGUUAUUAGAAUUCCCACAAAGCUUUUCAUCAUGUAACAAAUGUUUUCAGACUAAACUUGUCGAGGUCGAAGAAUCCAGGCCACUAAGAUUUAGGACAUUUUUGUCCUCUGCAAUAGUAUGCAUAUAUUUUCCAUUGCACCAAAUACAAGUUAUUAGCAUAGGCUGUAAAAGGCUUGCAAAAAUGUAGAAUUCAAGUAAAAAAUCAAUCUGUCUGGAACAGUCCCCAACACAGAAGGAGGAGAAGAAAUGUGCCCUCCUCCCUUUUUUUUUCUCUUGUGCUAUGUAGUGAAGAGAUUGCUCUGUAUCUGAAUCAGUCAGGAUCCAAAGCAUGAAAAUUACUUUGCAUUUGCUGUGGCAUUAUAGUGCUUGAUUCUGAUUUCUUUUUUCCCUAGUUCAUGUUGUUCCUUUUGCCAAUAAGUGUAUGUUUGAAUUGAAUUGAAAAGUAGCAUAUUAAAGAAGUGGUUUUCAUA